UUCGUUUUUCAGGUAUUCAGCUUGAAAGAAGGGCCUGAUUUGUGGAACUGGUGGGCAGUUAAAGCUCCAUCUGAAGCUAAAGAGAAUUGCAGAUGCCCUAAUACCACUGAAAAAGUUCAGGCCCUAGGCCUGAUUUGAACUAGUUUUGUUGGAAGCUAUUAUGAAGAAUGGAAGUACUGCUGGGGGAGGUGCUUACUGCCGAAAAUCAACCAGUAGCAGUGAUCAAAGUAAGCCCAAUAGCACGAAGGAGGGCAAUGCAUCUGCUGCAGGUGAAAGUGGAAAAGGCUACAACAAAGAACAAAUGGAAGGAGUAUUAAGUAUAAAGAAAUGUAAAAAUUAUUACGAAGUCCUUGGAGUGUCAAAGGACGCAGGUGAAGAAGACCUAAAGAAGGCUUAUAGAAAACUUGCUUUGAAAUUCCACCCAGACAAAAACCAUGCACCUGGAGCAACAGAGGCUUUUAAAAAAAUCGGAAAUGCAUAUGCUGUGCUGAGUAAUCCAGAAAAGCGGAAGCAGUAUGACCUUACAGGCAGCGAAGAGCAAACUUGCAAUCACCCUAGCAAUGGCAGAUUCAACUUCCAUAGAGGUUGUGAGGCAGAUAUUACUCCAGAGGAUCUGUUCAACAUGUUUUUUGGAGGGGCCUUUCCAACAGGUAGUGUACACUCAUUUUCUAAUGGUCGUGCUGGCUACAGCCAUCCAAACCAGCACCGUCAGAGUGGGCACGAGAGGGAGGAAGAGAGGGGUGAUGGAGGUUUCUCUAUGGUCAUUCAGCUGAUGCCUAUUAUUGUGUUGAUCUUUGUCUCCUUGUUGAGCCAGUUGAUGGUAUCUAACCCUCCUUACGCCUUAUAUCCAAGAUCAAGUACAGGGCAGACCAUAAAAAUGCAGACAGAAAAUUUGGGUGUCAUUUAUUAUGUCAAUAAGGACUUUAGAAAUGAAUACAAAGGAGUGUCGCUACAGAAAGUGGAAAAGAGUGUGGAAGAGGAUUAUGUGUCCAACAUUCUGUUCCUCACUUUAACACUGUCCACGGGUGAUACAGCUUUAACUGCUCAAAAAGAUGGAAUUGUUACAAAGAUCCAGCAAAGGAAAACAGUAGCAGUGCUGUUUAGUCUGAGGGAAGUUAGAAGGAAAAAAGGGCAAGGGUUAAAAUCUCAGGUGUUUUGUACAACUCUGUCAUGUUCCAAGUAUUCAGUUUGUAACCAAAAGAAUGUUUUCUCUUUUCUCCUUAAAGAAACAGACUUACUUUAUGCAGCAAAAGUAUAUCGAGAUGACCGCCUCCGAAAGAAAGCAGAGUCUAUGUCCAUGGAGAACUGCAAAGAACUAGAACGGCUGACCAGCCUCUACCGAGGAGAAUGAGCUACAGUUACACACACACACCUUAUGUAUGCUGUUAUCUCUCCUGUAAACCGACAAGAGAUUUAGUUUCACCAUGGAUGCUGGAAAAGAGGGUGGAUGUAAAACUCUACUGUGUAGCUGUUUCCAGAAACCUUAUGCUGAAAUAUCAUUUAACGGCUUCUUUACCUACUGUGAAAUAUAGGUAACUUUAAUUGUCUAGAUUUUACUUCAAAGCUUCUGUGAAUUCUUUCAGCAGAGAGAAUAGCUCAGAAAGGAUGCUAUACUUGUAGAGACUUAGUCAUAGUGGUUCUCCUCUAACAUAUUUGCCAUGUAAAUAUCUAUGGAAAGAACACUUUGUGUAUAUACGAGUUAAAUGACUUUCUAUUUAAAAAUCUCAGAAAUUUAGUUCCAUACUACAUUUUGUCUCACUGAUGGAAUAAAUAGUAUGAUUACAUCACUCCUGUUCAGAUGUCAAGUGUGUGGAGUUGAAACAAUAAUUUUUAAUAUUUUAUCUCUAACUCUAUGUAAAAUCUUCUAGGUUUACCGCUUAGAGGAACUUGGUAUUUUUAAAUAUAAUGGCAUAUAUUCCUAAAUAUCUGUUGGGGUAUAUUGAUCUGGUGUAGAGUAGCAGUUUAGCUGUUGUAGUUUUUUAGCAUUUCUAAGCAAUGCUGAGAAAAAUAAGAACUACACUAAUCUCUUUUCAAAGUAAAUAUUUGCAAAUGCUGUACAGACCAUUAUAAACAUUGCUUUUAGUACUUGCAACAGUUUACAGCAGCUCUACCAUUUGGUAUUCCAGUAGUAGUAAGUCCAUACGUAUGGUUAACAUGCAUCCAUAGCUUCCUUAAUUUUCACUGGAAAGGUAGAGGAAAACAUGCAACACUAAAAACACUAAAAUAAAAAGGCAACCUAAUUUUUUUUUUCCCUGGCAGGCUUCCAUUUUCUUACUACUUUUUUAUUUCAAGCUGGGUCCCAGUACUGAUUCCUCAACGGGCACCGCAAUUGGAACAGGGAAAUUUUGCUAAGUACAAGCUAUGUGCCUUUCAAUUUUGCCAACUAUUUAAAUGCUUUGCUGCUUUGCAGUGUGCUCCUAUGGUCAGAGCCCUAUCACUUAUCAGAAGAGGUAGGGUAUGCAUUUUUUGGGACCAGAAUGUAGCUGGACUGACUUCCUAGAAAUGAGCAAGCCUACUGUUUGGCUCCUGUAUAGAAGAUCAUGUAACUCAGUGGCCUGGAAAUGGAAACUAUAUGUAGCCACACCUGCUGAUGCAAAGAGGUGUUCUGAAGCAGCUAAGUACAAUGUACUUCAGGUUUAUCAAAGUAUAUUGAAAAUGUUUUUAGGUCCAGUAGCUGAUGUUUUUUACAUUUUAACAGUGUUAUGCAGGGGGAAUGUUUCUUGUAUUUGAGAAUGCCAGAUAGCUUGUAUUAUGGGCAAUAUAUUUUGUUUGAGAAAAUUGCUGUCUGAACAAUGCUGUCAGUUCAUGUGGAGCCAAAUAUUUCUCCUAAAUUUAAAUACUUUGUCUGACUUCAUUGCAGUUCCUUCUGAUCCAGAGCAGGAUAUGUUUGACUUUACAAAUACACUGAAUGCUAUUGCUCCAAGUGACCCAGAAAACAUUUUGCAUAUAUCAAUUUUCUAAACUGUCCUAGUGGAAAUGUCUUCUCUUGAAUUGGUGUAACAUGAGACUGGCUGCAGGCUUUUAACUAAGCAGCUAAGCCAGCAUUCAAGGUGGACAUGAAAGCCUCCUGGGGCACAAAACAGAACUAAAAGUUCCUGAAACAACAACAAAAAAAACGUUUGCUGUACUGAAUGUCCUUGCCAAGACUAUAGUAAAAGGGCUCAGAUAUAAUGGAAAGGCAUCCAGAUGUUUGAAAUAUGCAAUCAAAAUCUAUGGAGAAAACGAGAUUCCCCAGAUUUUGUAACUGUCCAGAAUGUAUUGUAAUUAUAUUAAUGAAAACAAACUAUCGAGUACAUUCUGGUACUCCUGUGUCUUUUUAAAAGAAGAAAUUUAUUCCAGAGGCUUUAACAAGUACUUGGGCCUUCCUGUUUACAAAUGAGUCUGAGUUUGCAAGUGAUCUUUUAGUUAACAGGAAAAGGGAUAUAGAACACAUUUAUCAAAUAUUGAAACUGUGAAGUCAGAGUGAACAGAUGGUCUUAGCAAAGCUGCCUAUAAUAAUCCUAUGGGCUGUGUCUGCCCUGCAGCCACUUCUGGUGCAGGUGAGAAGUGUGGAAAUGGAUGGAUGCUGAGCUGUGUCAGCUUGGUUCGAUUGCUAUCAGUUCCUCUGCAAACUGGAAUAAUGUGGUGGCUGUGCCCUAUGGCAACACAGACACCCCAGAAGGUUAAAAGUGAGACCUAGACUGCAACAUUUCAUUUGAUUACCUAUUGCAAUUAGCACUUUGAGAAGGAAAUAAUAUGUUUAUACUGGUGGAAGUAUGCUGCUUAGCAUUUAACAGAUUAAAUAGUUGCACACUUUGAAAUAUGUAGUAAUGUGCAAAAGGAUGCUGUGAUUUCCUGUGGUAUAAAGAUUAAGCUGCUCUAAAUAGGGCCUGCAAACAUUCUUUUAAUAUUUCAAGUGGGUGUUUUUCUCCUCAUGAUUGUUGCUUUUUUUUUCCUAAAGUCUGAAGGGUUUUUUUUUUCUUCAGAAAUGUCAAUAUCUUCCCUGGAUUUGUUGAGGGAAUCUGCUAGAAAUUCAUUUUCUCAUGAGCAAAAUGCAAAUUGAAGAGGGUGGAGUACUUAAAUCUUUUCAGAUGACCUUUCUUCAGAAGGCAAAGCUCUCAUUAAAAUAAGAUACUGGAAAGAAAAGGGGAAAGCAAAACUGGUUUUGAACAACCUGACUAAAAAUCCCUCAACAUUUUGGCUACCUGCUCCUUAAUUGUUUUUAUUUAGUCAUUACCUUUCAUUUGAUCUAGAAUUAUAGAUAGCACAAGCAUGGGUUCUUGGUUUUGUCCUUUAAAAGCACAGGCAGAAAAGCCUUGAAAAAAGAGAAGAAUCUUGGCAUGACUCUGACAUAGCCUAAUGAAAAAAGGAGAUGAUUUGCAUCUGCUGAAAUAUAACAUCAGUAUGUGUUCUAUUUAUGGAGCAUCCUGAGUCACAAGAGAGUUCAGCGUUCACAUCUGAUGAACAUUUCCCUACAAGUUCUCUGUUUGGGUAAAACAAGUCUAAAUUGGAUUUUUUUACCUUUUUUUUAAACAGUCUUUUUUAUUUUACAAGUUUCCAAGAGAUGGUAGAACAUCACAGCACUAAAAAUGCAACAGAUGCAUUUAGGUAGACAGCAAAGACAACUUUAAAUUAUAAAUAUUUUUAAUACAAUUUUGUAACAAAUGCUGUAAAAGGAUUAAAAUACGAGGGCAAGAAUAUUUUUUAAGGUUGUUUGUUCAUGAAUUUCAUUCACUUUUAAGCAGUUGUUAUUCUGACUUCUUGUAGCUCUGUCAAAAAGAAGGAAAGUGUAAUAGUAAAAGCAUUUUGUUUUUUUAAAAAGCAGGUAAUAAUAAAUAAAUUAAUUCCUGAAGCUAUAACUUCCUUACAUGUAAUGUAAUGAAUAAAUAUAGGAAAGAAACAGGCCAUUUGUUGUGGAUUGGCCUUGGCCAUGAAUGAAGCACUGUGCAGCCAGCUGCUCUCACCCCCACAGCACAAUGGGGUGGAGAAUCAAACUCAGGUAAAACCUGGGGGCUGAGAUGACAGCAGUUCAAUCAUCAAAACAAAAUCAAGUAUCAAUGAUCAGUAGCAAUGAAAAGGGAGACAAGAGAGAGAGGAAUAAACCCCAAGAAACAGAAGUGAGCCCAGUACAAUUUCUCACCGCACUCUGACCAAUGCCCAGCCUGUCCCUGACGAGCAGUCAGCAGCUCCUGACCAACCUCCCCAGUUUAUACGCUGACCAUGAGCUGCUCCAUGGGAUGAAAUAUCCCUUUGGCAAGUUUGGGUCUGCUGUCCUGGCCCUGCUCCCUCCCAGCUUCUUGUGCACCUGCUUGCUGCCAGAGCAUGGGAAACAGAAAAAUCCUGGAUUUAGGGUAAGCACUGCUCAGCAACAGCCAAAGUAUCAGUGUGUUACCAACAUUAUUCUCAUACUGAAUCCAAAGCACAGCACUGUACCAGCUGCUAGGAAGAAAAGUAACUCCCCUAUCCCCUCUGAAAGCAGAACACCAUUAUAAGCUAUACUUCCCAUACUGCUCAGUUUGGCAGGAAUUGGGUUUGAGGAUUGGGCUUCUCCACAUUUUUACAAGCAAUAUUAAAAUACACUGUUUACAGUUACAAUGUUAUCCUUCAUACAGAAUACCCUUCUUCCUUCAGUACUGGCUUAUUCCUUGUAUAGAAAGACUACAUUGGGAUGGGAAAAUAAAUUCCCGUUAAUAGCAAUACAGGAGCCAUCUCAUAGAUGCUUUUGCAUAGCUUUUAUUCAAAAUGUGACAGGGAAAUAAGUAAAAUCAAUCACUGAGCAUCAUGGCUUCAAAUAAUUUUAAAAAAGUUGCAUUUUUAAACCUUUUUAGUGUAUAGUGGGGAAUAUUUUAAUAAACGAGAAGACCGAGGCUGUCCCAGGUAGCAUUUUCGAAAAUACUACCAGAAGCUCACACAAUGAUUUUAUGGGGUUCUCUUUUAAGUAUCUCUCUAAUAUGACCAAGUCCUUAUCAAAUUGCUGUGUGUGCAUGGCUUGGAUUAAGAAGGAGGUAUGAAUUCUCAGUAUUCAAAUAAAUUUGUUCUUUUGAAUGA